AUGAGCCGAUCACUCUCAGUCGAUGUUUUGAUUGUUGGCGGGGGACCUGUUGGCCUCCUGACGGCAUACCAGCUAGCCCAAGCUGGGUGUUCCGUCCACAUCGUCGAUAAGGAGUCUAAAUUUACCAUCACUCAAUACGGACGUGCAAAUGCGCUGUAUUCACGAUCUGCUGAGUUUCUCGAUCAGCUCGGUUUAGUGGAUGAUAUCAUGCAACAAUGCUAUAUUGUUCGCCAGAGCUAUACCUAUGGUGAGAACGGGGAACGCAUUGUUCCAGGGCGGGUCUGGAACUUUGUGGAAAAUAUAGAAGACACUAGAUUCGACUUCGGUAUCAUGCUGAGACAACAAUUCAUCGAGAAGAGUAUUCGGAUCCGUUUGGAGGAUGCAGGUGUUGAGCUGCACUGUCCUUGUGAGUGCGUGAACAUCGAAAAGGCAGAUGAGCCAGACGCAGAUGGCAAUUAUGUUACUGCGACUUUGCGGGAUAUGACCACCGGAGAAGAAUACACAGUGAAGAGUGCAUACUUGGUGGGUGCCGAUGGAGGAAGAAGCUUCGUCCGAAGACAUCUCGGUGUGGAAUUUGAGGGUGACACGACCCAAGAUAAAUGGAUUCGAGUUGACGGCAAAGUGAAAACGGACCUUCCCACCCCGAGGGAUUAUGUAUCCAUCCAAAGCGCAAACCACGGCAAUAUCCUUUGGGCACCCCUAGAUCAUGGUGUGACUCGUAUUGGCUUUGUCUACAACGAGGAACAAGAGCUCAGAUGCAACGGGAAUCUGACAGAAGAGGUAGUGGUGCGAGAAGCAGUCGCAGCGAUGAAGCCCUUCCAUGUGGAAUUCGAAAGCGUUGAUUGGUGGACAUUGUACGUUAUUGGGCAGCGCGUGGCAUCAACUUACCAGCCACACUCUCAUAUCAUCCUUGUCGGUGAUGCAUGCCAUACCCACUCUUCCGGUGCUGCACAGGGACUCAACACCGGAAUUCAUGACGCUGUCAAUAUUGGCUGGAAGCUCGCAUUGGUCGUGAAGGGGAAGGCUAAAACUGCCUUGCUCGAGACCUACAGCACAGAGCGACGCGCCGCGGCCCAACGAUUGAUUGCCUUUGACCGCAGAAUUUCCACACUGAUGGGAAAUAAAUGGCCCGAAGGCAUGGAUAAAGACUCAUAUGAGGACAUCAAUGCAGCGUUGGCGGAUCUCUUUGAUGAAGCGUCGGGCUAUAACACCGGCCUGAAAAUAUCAUAUGAGCCUAACUUGGUCAACGUGGUGCCCAUUACAGAUUAUACCUCUAUCUGCGUUGGUGCCCGCGCACCAGAUGUUGGUCUUUUCAAGCCGGGGGUUGUCCAACCAAUUCGUUUACAGUCUGCUACCCCCAACUGCGCCUGUUUCUACCUUGUUACAUUUACAGGCGAUCCUCGGAUGACUCUACCACAGCUUUCUGCGGUCUCUAUAACCUUGAACAGCGCUGAGCCUUUCAAUUUUGUUUUUUCUCCGGAUACGGUGAAACUGGUUACUAUCGUUUCCGCUGAUCCAAAACUCAGCGUCGAAGAGGGACUAGGAGUACCAGCAUUUGGCACAGUCUAUAUGGAUGACAAGAGACGGGCUCACUCUCGCUAUGGGAUCAAUCUCCGAUAUGGAGCUCUUCUUGUCUUGCGGCCAGAUGGACACCUAGGCUUUGCGGCGGAACUGAGUGUUGCUGGACUUGAGGCUGUGAAGGCGUAUUUGAGCAAGUUUCUCAUCAGCGAUGGGGAUUCUUCAAAGGCUCCCUGA